AUGAGAGCUGUGGCAAUGGCAGGAAGAGUUGAAGCCCCAGCGCUGAUCACGCUGCUUGUGAUCGGGGGAUGGACAAUGCAGACACAUUGCGCAGAUUACUUCAUCUGCGGGGGCUGCUCCUUCACUGUAUCAGAUGAAGGUCUGCUUCAAAGGACGGGAAGCUGCUCGUUGGGUGCCGCUGGGGCUAACUGUAUGUUGAUGUAUGCUGGGAUUGUUGACAUUGAAGAAGGAACUUUCGAUGGACUUCAUGACAUGACUUAUCUGGACCUUUCACAGAACCAGCUGACAAACAUUCCAGGAGGAUUGUUCGAUGGUCUGAGUGGUCUACAAUAUCUUUCGCUCUCCUACAAUCAGUUGUCAAGCAUAGCACCGGAUGCAUUUUCAAACUGCACUCAGCUGUCUUAUGUCGACGUUAGUUUCAAUCAGCUGACGUGUUAUUAUGCUUCUUGGCCACUAGAAAUUAUGUCAUUAGAUACGAUUGCAGCAGGAAAGUUGUGCCAGAAUAUGACCACCAACCUGACCGGGAAUGUGACCACCAACCUGAUCGCAUGCUAUCCGCAUAUCAGUGUUGAGUUGGAUUCGGCAAACCUCCCAUCGGACAUGGCAGGGCAAUACUGUGAGGCCUUUGACUGCAAAAGGGAUGAAGGAGGUUCCUGGUUUGGCGGAGUUGAUUACGCGCACUGCUUUCGCAAGAACGACGACAAAACCUGGAAAAUAUGGAACACGGGGUGUGGGUGGGAGAUAGGACAGUAUAUCAGUGUUAAUGCCCCGUCUCCUGGAAUUUCAUGGCAGCGGUAUGCUCGUACCUACAGCGGAUACUGCCACCCAAUCCCCCCCUCACAGCUAGACAUUCGUGCUCUUGUCAACACUUCGACCUUUUACGACUCACUCGGAAAUAUGCUUGUUGGCGUUCACUCAGUCCUGGUGUUAUCCCCUCACAAUUCCAGCGCUGAUGCCGUCAGUGCUGUGGAGGACACAACUGAUACCUUCAACGCGUCCAGUGCUGUCAAUUCCAGCUCUGCAGACAGUUCCCCGCUCCCGUUGGUCGAUACUGCUUUGCUAUCCUUCCCGGAGUGUGUUGAGCGAAGGGACUGGGGAGCGAUGCUGGAGCUGAUGAACAACGGAACAGCGGCAACGGGAGGGCUGGGGCUGUUGAUGGAGCCUCCUCUGGAAUCCUGGAUUUGCAUCCAAGAGCACCCUUGCCUCCAGAGGGUCGCUGACGCCCAGCCAAGCGAUAUGAUGUGCUUCGUGUACCACGAGGUCGAUCGAGUCUUCCUGCCAUGGAGCAUCAAUUCUCUUCUGAAGCUCGUGAUGCCUUGA